GCACGUGGAUCGCAAGCGUCUUGGUGCUACUCAUCAUGAUCGGAACUUCAUUCCUUAUCUUAAAAAAUUACAGGCGCAACAUUUUGCAACUAUUCAGGGGAGAUAAAUCUUUUCUACCACCCAUAAACCUCUCUCCAACGACAUUGAUGGCUACCGGCAUGCGAUGGCCUGGAUAUCAGAUUGCUUACCUAUUCUGGGGUCUUUUAAUCUUCUUCUGUACCGUCUGGGCAAUUCUCUUCUGUGUAAUAUUUGGCGUGUAUCUUGUCAUUUUAUCAGGUUGGAAUAGCGUGGGAAAUCUUGUUGAAUGGAUUGUAUCCCCAAUUUUGAUGAGUCUCAUCAUUUUCUACAGCCAAAAAGCUUGGGCACGUUUUUUCUUCCUUCAGCCUCGCCCCGGGCCCGAUCAACCUGUCCCACUUGCGCUAGAUAACCGGAAUGCUUUCGAUUCGGCUUAUUACAUCACCUUCUUCCUCAACAUUACCAUCGGUUUGUUUGCUUGUAUGAAAAGACUGUUACUGUCAUCCGUUGUUGGUCUUCUAACUUUGGGCAGAACAGACCAGCCUUUCGUUAAGAGGGGCUAUGAGCGCUUGGACAAAGGUGACGCAAACAGGCGGGCGAGGCGACGAUGGCACGUGGCGUACACUCUUGUCCGUAACCCUGAUUUGAUAGCAGGGAGAAAACAUAAUAUUUCCUUCCAUGCUGAUCAGUCUGCAGGAGACAAUGAGGCUAUAAUGCAGCCCAUUGUGUCAGAGACAGUCGGUCUGUAAUGCAUCCCAGCCUGCAGGAGACAUUGGGAUUGUAAUGCAGUUCAGUGUGCACGGGACAAUGAGGCCGUAAUGCAUAACCAGUGUGUAGAUUCGAGUUUGAUCGACCCUGAUUACCAUUUUAGACGCGAAGAGUCAGAAGCUCUGGGAUGCUGAUUCUAGAGGAAUGACCUGUAAUAGUACAGCUAUAUAGCGGUCACUACAAUGAUAAAGUUUUCUGACGAGUCGUUUCUUAUUUUCAAGUGCUUUCCGCUUAUUUGCGGUAUGUUAUUUGUUGGAUUUUUUCGAUUGGUGCCAAAUGCCCUUGGCUGUGGUCGAGCUGAUUUCAGACACAUACGUCCAAUUUAGACAAAACGGUGCACCUUUUUGUAGGCUUAGUUUCCUUAAGAAACACAUUAUUUCUAAAACGCUUAACAAAAGCUUCCAUCCACCCAGACAACCUGUUUUGUAAAAGCUAUAUUCAGUUGUCUUACUUUCUUUUCAAUAAAUCACGUAUAUUAUUCGCAUAUAAUUUUGGCAGCACCGGUGUGGGCUAUUUUGAGCUUUCAUAAUGAAAGUUUCUGCUCCUGUUUCUAUUUGUAUGUGUAAAUGCUUUAACAUGUAUGGAUAAU